AUAUGAAAAAUAAAUUUCAACAAACACGCUUGUCACACUCAACCAAAAAUAACAGAUCGAUUUUAAUAAUCAAGAAUGUAGUCUUUUACAAAUAAAAUCAUUUAAGUACAAUCAACAUUGCAAUUUUAUCGUAACACGCAUUAUAUAUAAAAUCAACAGUAUGGAUGACUUUUCUAGUUUAGAGAAAAACAUAGUGCGUGAAUUGUCUUGUCGGUUGUGUCUGUGUACAGACGUGGUGAAGCUGAAACCCUUGAGUGGAGAGGUGAAGCGGAAAAUAAAGAAACUCUUUGAUAUUUCUAUACGGUCUGAUGACAGCCUCCCUAAAGCGAUAUGCCAUGAUUGUUUGCAACAAGUCGGUGUUAUGCAUCUUUAUGCAACGAAGGUCGAGAAGACGCAAAGGUUUCUCGACUUUCACAAAUCAAAAAAUGAGGAGAAACGGGAGCAAUCGAAGGAAGUCAAACUCAAUCCAGUAAUAGCAGCUAUGGCUGCACAAAACACGCCGGAGUCACAUAGAUCAUCUAAAAGCAAAUCAAGCAGCCGCCCAGUGACUCCGCCGACCGAGUUUCAACAAGGUGACACGAAAGCGAUCAAGCAAAAAACACCAAAAAGGAAAACCCCAGCAGAUAUGAAAUUUUUAGAAGCUAUGCCAUUAGAAGAGUUUGCAAAUGCAGAAAAGGUAGAUAAAUCGUUACUUAAUAGCACGACUAACGCUAAUAAACCAGCUAUUGACAAAAGCGAGGAUAGUAAAAAGUCUAGGAAAGAAUCUGAUGCCAAGGACGUAAUGAAUGACACUCUAGAUCCUGUAGUUCUCAUCGAAGGGAAACCGGCUAAGCAAGGGCCUGCGCUAGACAGACAAAUUACACUGUUCUACAGAAUGGAGUGCUGUAUCUGCCACGAAAAAGGUUUCCACUUCAGGUCCCUGAUGAAACAUUAUAAAGAGCGCCAUGGAGUACCGGGUUAUGUCACAUGUUGUGAUAGGAAAUUCCACUACUUUUAUCCUAAGAAGAUUAUUGAGCACAUGGCUUAUCAUUUGCAGCCUAAUAUUUUUAUGUGCCCGAGUUGCCACCAAAACUUUCACACGUCACAAGAGUUAAACGAGCAUCAAAUAAACGGCGGUCGGUCCGAAGGAAAAAUCGUGUGUCCUAGAUGUUCAGAGAAGUUCCCCACCUACCACGAGCUCGGGUGGCAUGUCAUCACUCAUCGCUCGGACAAAUUGCAGUGCGAUUACUGUGGAAAGAUGCUAAAGCACCAUCACCGGAAGAAGACUAUAAAUCAUAUGGAAGAUGUCAUAUUGUGCUCACAAUGUGUCCGAACAUUAAAAACCAUAGAGAAGCAAGAAAAAGAAACAAAAGAGAAAGUGAAGACUAAAAGUAACGAUGCAAUAACCCUACAAAAGUACCAGAAAUUCCGACAGGCGAUGGGGCUGGAGCUAUCAGCCGAUGAAGAGGCAUCCACAGACUAAAUACAUUAAAAAAAAUGCAAUUUGACGUCCGAUUAAAAUGUUUAAAAAAUAUAAGUGUACAAUGAGUGAAAUAAAACCAAAAUAUUCUUAA